AUGUCUACUUUAAAAGAGAGGAAAGAAUCGUUUGUGUCUGGCCUAGAAGGUGGGACUAUUUUAGAAGUUAAUAUUGUUACAUCGAUUGCUUUAUUCGCAUAUUUUAGUUAUAAUUUAAUUACAAUUCGUGGGCAAGAUUAUGGUAUUGUUGCUGAAUUUUCAUUAUUAUGGGUCACCUUAUUAUUAUCGGUGACCACCUAUGCCAACAAUGCAUACAUGUUAAUAACAUUGAUUUUAGUACCAUGUAUCUCAUUAUUUCUGUGUGUAUUGAUUAAUAAAAAAUCAACAAAACUCGAAGAUAUUUCAAAGAAAGAUGUAAUGGUGCAUGAUGAAGAUGCAUCUAAAAAGGAUCUAAAGAAAUUUGAGUUAGUAAAAUCACCUUAUCUAACAGCCUACCGUGGCGGCAUGCUAGUGCUGACCAUGAUUUCUAUAUUUGCCGUGGAUUUCAACAUCUUCCCUCGUAGAUUUGCUAAAGUAGAAACAUGGGGAACAUCGUUGAUGGAUUUAGGUGUCGGUUCUUUUGUAUUCAGUAAUGGUAUUGUUUCAGCAAGAUCAUUAAUUAAGGAAAAAAUGGAUCCAAAAUAUCAAAGAAGCACAUUAAUGGGAAUCAUUCUUGGAUUCAAAUCUGGUUUAAGUUUAUUGAUUCUAGGAUUAUUGAGACUAUACUUUGUUAAAAACCUUGAAUAUCAAGAACAUGUCACGGAAUAUGGUGUGCACUGGAAUUUUUUCUUAACAUUGGCCCUACUGCCACCAUUUUUAUCAAUUUUAAAUCCAAUUGCAGAAUAUAUUCCAAGGGUUGUGAUUGCAUUAGUCAUUUCUUUGGUUUACGAAUGGUUCCUCAUGAGAAAUGAUAAUCGAAUGUUGACAUUUUUGAUAUUAGGAGAAAGGAAUAACUUUUUCAGUGCAAACAGAGAAGGUAUAUUAUCAUUUUUUGGAUAUUGUUCAAUCUUUCUGUUUGGACAAUCAACAGGUUUUUAUAUUUUAGGUAACCAACCAACAAAAAAUAAUUUGUACAAGCCAUCUUCAACAAUAGUAUCAAAAACCAACAUAAACAAUAAUAAGAUGUCUCUUUGGGAUAGAAUCACUACAGUAUCACCACUUCGUGGUUUAUUUACAUGGGCUCUCUUGUCCAUGAUAGCUACUAAUAUCAUUUUCACUCUACAUCCCUUUGAUAUUUCAAGAAGAUUUGCAAACAUAUCAUACACAGCAUGGACAAUAUCUUAUAAUCUAGCAUUUUUAACCUGUUACUGUAUGAUUGAUUCAUUAUUUGGAAACACUUUUGAAAACUACAAGUCGCCACUAGUAUAUGAAUCCGUUAACAGGAACGGUUUAUUUAUGUUUCUGUUAAGCAACGUCAGCACAGGUCUAGGAAACAUGGCAUUCUCUACAAUCGAUGCUAGUGACAGCACAGCGAUAGCAGUGUUGAUGGGAUACUCUAUAUUUUUAGUUUCAGUUUCGAUUCUAUUACACCAACGUCAAAUUUACAUCAAAUUUUAA